AUGGCGACUACAGCAGCCGUACCACUCUGUUCAGACACUAUUAACGGGGCAGGUGGUGGGAUUCCAGACAGAAAUGAGCCUCCCAUGUUGUCAGCGGAAGCGGUAAAGGAAUUCCAGCUCGCCCUCUUUCUCGAGAACCUGGAAUUAUCCUAUUUUCAAAGUGGGCUUGAAAAUAUCUCUACCUGGGGAACGGCGGGCUAUCCAAAUGACACGACCAAAAUUCUCAGCAAGAUUGUGGCUCAGGAGGAAGUACAUGUUGCAACGAUAACGAACCUGCUCAGUGGCUAUGGAGCCCCUGUAAUUGCUCCUUGCCAGUAUUCCUUCCCGGUCUCGUCUAUUGAUGAAUUCAUCGCUCUUGGAGAUAUCAUUACCUCACUGGGCAUCAGCGCUCUUAUCGGCGUGGUCCAUCGAGUCUCUUACACCGAUCCUUCGAUUGUCAAUACGGUGGCUUCGAUUGUGACGGUCGAGUCCCGUCAUGACGCCUUCUUCCGCCACGUGGGUGGCAGAGUCCCUGACCCAGCCCCCUUUGACACCGGGAUUAGUAACAUCUGGGCGUACAACUUGGCUCUCCGAUUUAUUGUGCCUGGGUCAUGUCCAACGGAGAUCCCGCUACCUAUUCUGCCCCCGUUAACGGUGUCAACCCCGACUGCGGCAGAGAACAGAUCCUCAGCUGCCACGGGAAUAGCGUCGAGCAUCGUGCCAUAUCAAAAUUCCACAACGAUCCCCGUUAACGCUGCGAACACCACCGUCACUUCGUCAGACAUGGCGUUCUCUUGGGAUCCGAUGCAGAUGCCGCUCGUCUUCGAGCAAGGGAGACAGCUGUUUGUUGGUUGGACUAAUCAGCUGAAUACGCCGGUGUAUACGGUACUAUCGAUCAUUGAUCAAGGCAGGGGAGUUGCGGAUGUACCACAGGGACUCAAUGGAGCGGUGUUUGUAACGGUAACAAGUCAAUUGCCUGACAAUGACUAUGACCUAGCCCUUGCAACCUUAGCAGGGCCGGCUGCGUUGUCACUCUCUUAA